UCAUCUUUGUGCGUCCCGUAACGUCUGUUCACUCAAGAGAGCAAGGAGGAGACAAGCGAAGUGAUAUUUGACUACAUGUGAGCAUUUCUGUUAAUCUGACACCGACUAUGAGUUUACAGUGAAACAACGCCCAGUGGAAACAUGUCUGUGGCUUUGUCGCGUUGUCUCUGCAGGCUUUUAUCCCGACAAACUGCUGCUUCAAGCUUUGUGUUGGGAGAAAAUCACCAUGCUGUUCAGAGUCCUUGGUUUGCACCAGUGAUGACACUGAAGACAUCUGCUCCUCUGAGAGCGGAACCCAAAAAGAAGAAGAAAGUGGACCCCAGAAGGGAGCAGAUGAUAAGAGACAGGCUGAGGAAAAAGCUGAAAAAGCUGGAGAAGGUUCCACCCGAGCUCAUCCCGAUAGAGGACUUCAUCACUCCAACCAAAUGCUUGGAUGAAACAAGGGAACGCUCUGCACCGAGGCUAUCAUUUGAAGACAGUGAAGGUCGAGCCCUGCUGCUAAAGGAGUGGUCUCGAUACAAACAGGAGCAGCACAUGGCUGAAGUGCAAAGUGUUGAACUUGCUCUGGAAGCACAGAGGGAGGCGCUGGAGGAGCUAAAGCUGGAGUCUGAGGAGCUGUACCAGGCGGCGCUCAAACCAGACCUCCUUCUCUUUCCUUUCACUCACGAAGGUCCCACUUACACACCCCCAAAGACCAAGCAUGAAGCACCGGAAGGGAAGUACAAUGACAUCACUAAAGUCUACACGCAGUGAUGGACAGGAAGCAGUUGUGGGCGCAGUUUGUGUGUGUGUGUAUUGUUGUUUAUUUGUUGAUUCAACAAACCAUGAUGCAGCCUUUGAACAGCCUGCAGGUAUGAAAGACAAUUUCCACAUAAAUCUUUUUCUUCAACUAUCGACAAGAGUAUCAGACUUACAGUCAUCUCAACUCUUUCAUUUGUGUCAAAUGCAAGAACUUUCAUGGAAAUUGUUUUUCCACAUUCAUGUCUCUGUAUAAAAAGUAACUUGAAAGAAAUCAAAAUAUUAAAAUGUACUUUUUUUUUU